UACUCACUAUCCAGAGCAGGGAUCGGAACCGGUUUUUUGCAAAAACAUCGAAAUAACCAUAUAUUUCGGUUUAUUUUAUACUCUAAAUGUAGGACUUAGUUGUGUUUUCAGAUAACGACUUCGUAUUAGUAGAUUGCCUAAUUAGAAAUGAAGUAAUUAACAAAGAACGAAAAAAUACCGUUUUCGUUCCCAUACAAAAAAUACCGGUUUCCGAUCCCUGAUCCAGAGACUUGUACGCUUCGGUGAUAGGAUCCUACCCACAGACCUUUUUCCUCAUUGAUCCUAGCAGUGAAACGAUGACAGUGACAUUGACUGACACUCCAGUUGACAGUAGUAUUAGUAGUAGUACGACUAGUACGCCAUUUUCGCGCCAUGUCUGUGUUGAUUAAGUUGAUUUUUUUCAAUCAGGAAUCAGGAUUAUUGUGAGGCGAAAGAGGACGCUGUAUUACAUUAUCUUUUUACAGAAGAUAAUCAUCUGUUUGUGUUGAAUGUAGUUUUUCAACUGGUGAAUACAAUGAACGACCUCCAGUAUAUUAUCGAUAGACAAUUUGGCAUAUGCAGCCGCUAUAAUUAUGACAACGUGCUCAAGCGACUGGUGGUGGACGGUGCGGAGUGUUUUUACGGGCUGCAGCCUUCGAGUGCGGUUCCCGCAGCCUCACUCGAUCAGCAGGACCCGCCAAUCUUUGCAUGCCGAUUCUCUGAAGCUGCCGGCUAUGAAAACAUCUUGGCCUUAGCUAAUGAAGACGGGAAAGUGGCUAUUCAGGAUACGUCAAAGAUAAGCUUCACAGGAGCCCUAGAAAGCUUCCAGUGCCACAACAAUGCCGUGUUUGACUUGGCCUGGGCGCCGCGCUCCCUCAGCUUUGUUACUGUCUCAGGAGAUCAUACAGCCAGUUUGUGGGAUGUGGCAGAGAGCACUCCAAAGCGUGUCCUUGUAUUCUCCAACCACACACGCUCUGUCAAGACAGCUGUUUUCCGCCCUAACGAGCCCUCGGUUUUUGCGACGGGGGCUCGAGAUGGACACAUCCUUGUAUGGGAUGUAAGAUGCGGGCAACCCGCUGUUGUCGUUAAACCCGACAACUGCCUCAUGAACUGCCACUCCUCAUUCACACCAAAAACACCAGGUUCACAUACUAAAAGGCCCCGACUUGAUAACCAUAGGUCCAUCAGCAUCACUGGUCUAGUUUUUCAAGACGACACGACCCUAAUAUCAUGCGGCGAAUGCGACGGUAACAUCAAAGUGUGGGAUUUAAGAAAGAAUUAUACUAUUUAUAAAAGAGAACCACUACCAAAACAUUCUAUACCAUAUUGUGGAAGUUCGACAAAGAAUGGUUACACAAAUCUCAUAAUUGACGAUGCUAGGAUGAGACUCUACGCGAGCUGCAUGGAUAAUGUAAUUUACUGCUUUAAUAUUUCAACGUAUAAUUCCCUGCCAGAGCAAAGGUACGUCGGCCAUGAAAAUAGCACAUUUUACAUCAAAACUAGUCUUAGCCCUGACAGUAUGUAUUUAGUUUCUGGCAGUAGCGAUAAGAACGCUUACAUUUGGAACAUAAAAUAUUCUGAGCCGGUUGUAAAGUUGGUUGGGCACUGGGCCGAGGUCACAUGCGCUGCGUGGUGCCACAAGGGCGACAUGAAGAUCGUCACUUGCAGCGACGACGCAAGGCACAAGAUCUGGAGAAUAGGGAAAGAGUUUGUAUCAGAUCAUGAACGGAACAUGGAACUGAAGGGGCACGCCGAGGUCGUCCCAAGGACUGACAUAACCAGUCUACCAAAGUGGGGCACUCUGGACCGAACACCCAGCUCAUUAAAGCGGAAAUUGGUGACAACUCCAGGCUCAUACAGCUCUAAACGCAUGCGUUCAGACAGUACUUCUGUAAAGAAAACUAAGAGAUGUCUAACAGAUCUGAUGAACGCUUCUAGAGAGGCAGAUGAUGCCGAAAUCCUAGUUAAACGGUUAAAGCUAGAUAUGGUCCCUGAGGAUGACGAGCCGAAGUUGCUUCCUGCCGGCAUUAAGAGGCACAGUGAUGUGUUAGACAACACCAGUCCUGUCCACUUAUCCUUUGAUUCAGGUCAAAUGUCAAGUGAUUGGAACUAUAUAGCACCGAAAGCUGGAACUUCAUUUAUGACACCCACCAAAAACUAUGAAAAGAAGGUAUGCAGGAAACUGUCUCCGAAAUCACCUAAAACUAUUACGCCACCUUCAAUGCCUAGUUGUUCACCAGUAAGUGUUUCUCCAACUAAACUUAGAAUAAUAAGUUUCAACACUCCCACUAAAAAUUUACCUAAUUUUGUGCUUGAUGGAGAGGCGCCACAUUUAAGACUGAUGUCACCUGUUAAGAAAAAACAGGACACCACUAACUGGCUCACACGUAUCGUGCGAGAAAAAAAAGGAAGAAAUGGCAAUCAGGAAGCACUCGAAAAAGACGUCGUUGCGCCGCUUAGUCCUAAAGAGAAUAUACCUGUUAGAAGGAAUUCUGUAACAGAAAAAACACCCAAAUCUGGCAAAAAAUCUAGAACACUGUUGACAUACUUCUCAGUUGCCAAUAAAGGCAAAUAAACUAUUACAUAUCAUACACAAAUUCUGUGAUGCAUUUCUUCGCAGAGAUGCCAAGUUGAAUAUGUGUGAAAAAUUAUUAGAAAAGGUUGCGAUCGAUAGACAGGCCCCACUUUUAAGACUAAUAAUUUAUUACCGAGCUGUAUAAAUAUAAUUGCCAUCUGUAUUGGUCUCGAAGUCGCAUGAGCGUGUUCCUAGUAAAGUGGUUGAGCCUAAUGCAAGCAGCUGAGUAUUGAUUAAAUUAAGUCACUUAGAAUUAAGGGCAAGUUCCUGGAGCUUAUGGGCGAAUUUAAAUAUUUUGAUUUUGAAACUGACUAUUUUUCUCUGACCGUAUUAUAUAUAUAAAUGAAAAAAUACUUAGAGCCCUAUUUAAAGUGGAGUUCAAUAUACAUUGCAAAUAAUGUAAAUAAAUACGACAAAUUUUGUUAGCAUUUGCCAUAUAACCUAACAAUGUUACGAAGGCUGUUUUCACUGCAAUAUUUAUGGUUAAGUAAGAGGAGACAUGGGGGGUAAUUAGGGUUCCGUAGCCAAAUGGCAAAAAACGGAACCCUUAUAGAUUCGUCAUGUCCGUCUGUCUGUCCGAUUCUGUCACAGCCUCUUUUUUUUCCAUACGAACGUUCACGACAUUUUCCUCCCUUGAUUUUGGCCCUAGAUGAUUUUUUUAUACGAGUUCAAUAUUACCAGUAGCUGUGUCUGUACGUUUAGAUUAUUUGAUAUUGUUAUUUUUAUAAGAGCCAAGUUGCUAAAAAGCUCUAAAUACGGCCAAAUAUUGCGCCGUAAACAGACGCCUAGCAUACAAAAUCGGCAACAAUCCUUAUCACACUAAUUUUAGGAGCCGCCUCCUUCAGCGCGACGAAGAUAUUCACCUAAAGUUCUCAAAUCUGAGAAUAUUUUAACUAAAAAAACGACCAACAGCAUGUCGGGCCAUGCUAACUGUAGGGUUCCGUAGUUAUUCGUCUGUCACAAUAAUGCUGCUUUGAACAGAAGUAUAUUAGUAUGCAUCAUGUACAGUCGCAAAAGGAAGUACCUUGCCGGCGCUUUGUACUAAUAGAGCAAGAUCCCAGAGCCACCAGACCUUACUUAUUUUCUCAUGACUAAAAUGUAUGGGACAAAUGGCCGUCGGGCCAAUAUAGCAAGUAUGCAGACAUUAAAAGUACAUACUAUACUAUACUAUCCCAUACAUUUUAUUCAUGAGAAAAUAAGUAAGGUCUGGCGGCUGUGGGAUCUUGGACUAUAAGAAGGAAGACUUUAUGCAAUAACUCUAAAACGGCUUAACCGAUCAUGGUCGCUAUAGUUUUCGUUGGAAGUAUUUACUAAGCGUUACUUUUACGAUUUUUUUCAUAUUUUUUGGAUCCAAGGUUCAAAAGUUAGACUAUACACUUUUUUUUUCUUUCGGACGAAUUAUUUCGGAAAAUUUAAGUUUGUUGAAAAAUAGUUGUUGGAGACCCCUAUUCGUUUUUAAAGACCUAUUCAACGACACCCCACACCAUAGGGUUAAACAUAUAUUUUUAUACCACAUUGCAGUUUUCUAGCACUAAGAUCACGGAGCAAAGCCGCGGAAAGACAACCCGACAUAAAGGGUUACUUACGAAACUAGGCAAGGGUUCCUUGUACUAACGAACGUACUGUAGACUACAAACCCCUAAACCCGAAAGAUUUAAGUUUAAGUAUACACUGCUCAUAAGAUCAUAGUUGUACUUUAAAAGUGCGAGAAAACGAAGUAACGGACGUAAAUUGAUUUGUUUACAUUACAAUUUCUAUUGAACUCCACUUUAGUUGUUAAGCUACUGUUAUGGAUCUGUCAGCUGUCAAGUCGGUGACAUUUCUGGCCAAGUCAAUUUUAUAUUAUAAUAACUAGUUGUGCAAAGCAAAUAAAUGCUGACCCGCUUGGAAGA